UCCUUAUUCAUUGUUUACGUGACGUGGUACGUUGAACGAUACGUUUACUGGUUGUUGCCGGUUGUGUUCAAGCAGAAUAAAGUUCAAAUUGUUUUGUUUAACUUGGUUAUCGUAAUUUUAUAAAAAAUAGUUGUGACAAUGUUGCAAUCUAUAUUCGACGAUGUGCGGCGAAUGAAUAAACGGCAGUUCCUGUAUCAGAUGUUAAGUUUUGGUAUGAUCGUUACAUCUGCUCUGAUGAUAUGGAAAGGCUUGAUGGUUGUAACAGGUAGUGAAAGUCCGAUCGUGGUCGUUCUCAGUGGUAGUAUGGAACCAGCUUUCCAUAGGGGAGAUUUGUUAUUUUUAACCAAUUACCAAGAUGAACCAGUCAGGGUAGGAGAAAUUGUUGUUUUUAAAGUUGAGGGUAGAGAUAUUCCAAUUGUACACAGAGUACUUAAACUACAUGAGAAGGGCGAUCAAAAUAAUACUGUUAAAUUUCUAACAAAGGGUGAUAAUAAUUCUGUUGACGAUAGAGGUUUAUAUGCAGCUGGUCAAUUAUGGCUGACACAUAAAGACGUUGUUGGCAGAGCAAGGGGUUUUUUGCCAUAUGUAGGAAUGGUUACAAUAUGUAUGAAUGAAUAUCCCAAAUUUAAAUAUGCAGUAUUAUCAGUUUUGGGAUUAUAUGUUUUGGUACACAGAGAAUAAGGGUAUUUCAUAUGGGAAGUUAUGAAAUAGACUAUCUGAACAUUUACAAAAAAAGUGCAUUGUAAAUUUAAAUCCUAAUUCAUAACUCAAAUACACAUGUGAAGCUAUGUACAAUGUGA